CAUACUCAUUUCCACUUUUGACACACAGAAAAAGGAAUCCAAUUACCUCUUCUCCCUUUUGUUUUCCAUCUCCUUCAACGAAAAUGUCAUCUCAAUUAUCAGAAAAUCACCGUGAAAAUGCAGAGAUUUUCACCGACCCAACGAUCUGCAAACAGAAAUCUCUACAACUUCUAGAGCAAAUCAAUAUGCCAAAAGGGCUUCUCCCAUUGGAUGAUCUAAUAGAAAUAGGGCACAAUAAACAAACCGGAUUCGUAUGGCUGAAACAGAAGAAGGCAAAAGAAAAUCGGUUUAAGAAAAUCGGAAAACUUGUCUGGUACGAUACUGAGGUCACCGGAUUCCUUGAAAAUCGUCGGAUGAAGAAACUCACCGGCGUUAAAAGUAAGGAACUGUUGAUCUGGAUAACAAUUUCUGAUAUUUCUAUUCACGACUCUGAUUUACAGAAAAUUACGUUUGCUACCCCUUCUGGAAUUUCUAAGGCUUUUCCGGUGUCUGCGUUCGAAGAAUAAGGGGAUGAUAUUGGUUUUACUAUUUUUAUUUUAAUAAUUAUAAUUUAACUACCUUUUACUUCUUGUUUUUCUUUAUUUAUUAUAAUAAUAUUAUUUUCUUUUUAAAGUUGUGUAAUAGAAAAUAGAA